AGCUAAUCUACACCAAGCUUGGCGGUCAAGAUUCUCCCUCUCUUGGGUCAAAGUCAAACCAAGUUAGCUCGUGGUCUGCCUCAUCCAGUGGAAAUAUAAGAACAGAGACCACUGGCCGGUAGUUGCACUGCUUCAUCGAAGCAUCUCAGAGCCCAAGAAAACAGCUCAUCAAUGGAGGAAGCCAAGCCCAUCAUCCCCAAGGCGCCCGUGGAGGUGACGCUCCGCAAGUUCGAGUUGUCCGACGUAGACGCCAUGAUGGCGUGGGCGUCGGACCCGCAGGUGGCCGCCGUCUGCCGGUGGGACCCCUACGAGUCCACGGAGCCGCUGCUCGCCUUCAUCCGCGACGUCGUGCUCCCGCACCCGUGGUUUCGCGCCAUCUGCGUCGCCGGGGGCGAGGAGCCCCGCCCCGUGGGCGCGGUGUCCGUGUCGCCGACGGGGGACCCGUGCCGCGCCGAGCUCGGCUACGUGCUGGCGCGCGCGCACUGGGGCCGGGGCGUGGCGACGGCCGCCGUGAAGCGCACGGUGGGCGCGGUGUUCGGCGAGGUGCAGGGGCUGGAGCGCGUGGAGGCGCUGGUGGACGUGGCCAACCCGGCGUCGCAGCGCGUGCUGGAGAAGGCCGGGUUCACGCGGGAGGCCGUGCUCCGCAAGUACGGCGCCGUCAAGGGCGUCGUCCGGGACAUGGUCAUGUUCAGCUUCGUCACGACCGAUCCAGUGCCCGAGUGAAUCACGUUGUUGCAAAUCCAAAUCUGUUGCCGAAUACUCCUGUAAUUUGGGAUGUUCGUUGGAAUUACUUGGAUGGAAACAUCGGCUGAAGGGACGAUAAGAAUAAACCGCGCUUAUGUUAGCAUCAUCAA